UUCGGCACCCUCCGAAGCGGCAGCACUCGGCUGUUUCCGGCGGCGCUCGGCUGUUUCCGGCGGCCGUCGGGGCGCUGCCUCAGGGCGGGCGCCAUUUUGUGUGUCCGCCCGCGCAGCGCGGGGCGCGGGCGGAGGAGCCGCCGGGCCGAGCCCCCCGCGCCGUUCAGUGACUGUGCCCCCCGUUCUCCACCCCCUGCCCGUUGCCCAUGGCCGUGGAGAGCCCGAGUGUCCCCCCCGCCGCCGCCGCCUCCCCCCCCAGCCCGCACUGCACUCCCCCUUCUCCGUCCUGCCACGGCAGCUGCAGCCUCCCCCGGCCGCCGCCGCCGCUCCAAGGCCACCAUCACGGCCCGGACGAAAGGGAGGAUGGGGAGCUGGAGGAGGGCGAGCUGGAGGACGACGGGGGCGACGAGGCCCCCGCGGCCCCGCGCUCCCGUUCCCGCUCCCGGCGCCGCAGCGCCUCCCCCGAGGAGCGCGGCCACCGGCGCCUCAAGCGCAAGCGCCGCAAGGACAAGGACAAGAGGAGGUCCAAGAAGAAGAGGAAAUCCAAGCACAAGCGGCACGCCUCCUCCAGCGAGGAUUUGUCGGAUCUGAGCGACGACUCCGACUUCAGCCCCGGGGAGAAGGGACACCGCAAGUACCGCGAGUACAGCCCCGGCUACUCCUCCCACCAGUACUCCCAGUUGCCGCGCAAGGCACUAAAACCUGGGAAUUUGGGGGAAUUUUUGGGAAUUUUGGAUCCCAACCUCUCCCAUCUCAUUCCCAGUCCCACCAGUACUCCCAGUUGCCGCGCAAGGCACUAA